UCACAUGAUAGCACGACCUCAAGUGAUGCAAAAAAGAAAUGUCGGCCAGAGAUCAGGUGAAAUCGCACACCUUCGAGGGAAACAUGAGAGGAGAAAUCAAACACCUGCUUUUUCCCCUCCUCACAACCGUCCUCUCCUCUUUCCUCGCCAAACAUCAGCCUUCCGUUCUGUAGCGUAGCAGCGUUUGCAAGCAGCUCCUCUGUUUGUCGGCUGAUGGGUUGCUUCCACUGAAUCAAGCGGGAAUCUCAUGGCUGUCCGUGGCACCGUUCCUCCUCCGGAUUACUACCCUUUUGAUAUCGCUCUCUCGGCCCAGCCACCGGAAGAUCUGCAGGGCUUUUAUAAAGGAAACCAGCACAUGCUGAGCAGAUCAGGCUCGCAUUAUGGCCUGGCCGCUGGAGGGGUCAGGACCGCUUGGGAUCAAGGGCAAGCUAGGGCAACCACUCCUGGUCCUGUGCCCGGAGCUCUUCCUCCUCCUCCUCCUCCUCCUCCACCUCCACCUCCUCCUCCUCCUCCCUCGGCUCAUGAGAUCAGCCGCUUGUACAGGGAUUCUCUAGCCAUCAAGAUGAUCCCAGACAGCCAGCGUAUUCGCAGCAGAGCCGCCUCACCGGCUUGCUUCGGCAUCGAUUCUAGGUUCCCGGGAGAGCACUCCGUAUACGGUGACGUCAACGGCCUUCCGCUGGAUUCUGGAUCCACCUGCAUAGUAGUGGACCCUACAGCGUCGGUCAUGGACGGGACUCUUCCUCGAGGGAACCCCGCGUACGGUUCUGUGCCGACUCAACGGAUGCCUUACGACCCUGCAUACGACCCGGGGGCCGUCCAUCACCCUCCGGCGGGGGACCCCAAGAGAACCGUGGACCCCAGUUUCCUAGCUCUCCUGCGCUCCGAGGGUCUGUCGGAGAGCACCAUCACUCUCCUCCUGCAGCAAGGCUUCGAUUCCACCUCCAUGCUCGCUGUGAUGGAAGACCACGACGUGCGCUCCGUCGCUCCUAAUCUGGGACAAGCACGGGUGCUUUCUCGAGUGGUCCUCAAUUGCAAGACGGGGGCGACGGGCGGCGCGGUCCUGCGGGGCCGUUCGAACAGCUUCAGCCAUCGCAACGACCUCUACAUGCAGCCCCAGGGCCUCGGCGUGGACGGGAGCCUCAUCCAGCAGCCUCCCAGCGCCCUCCAGUCCGUCUCUCCGAGGAUGGGAGAGUUCCUGGGACGCCGGCCGAGCAGCGCUCCAUCUCAGCAUCUCCUCGAAACCGCAACGUAUCCGGGGGUCCGCUCGAUCGGGGGUCUUCCGGUCAGUCCGGGGGGCUACGCCGCUCAGACGAGACCUCUGUACAACGCCCACACCGGCCUGGCCAUGUCCGCCCUGCCCGCUCAACAACAAGCCCCGACGACUCCAGGAGUGGCCCCCAAGACCUUCUCCAGUACGUACAGCCCUAUGGAGCUGAUGAAGCGCCCUCCUAACCUUCCUCCUCUCUCUCCUUCUCAUAGCCCUCAUCACAGCCCUCAGUUACUGCGUAAGGGAGCAGCGCCGGUGGAGAGUGCUAUUCUUCCGGCAUCCUCAGCCCUCCAGCCUCAGACCAUUAAUCCUAACAACAAGCAAACCCGCAGAACCGGACCUCCGGUCAUUGUUUCCACCAUGGCUUCGCCUGAUACAAGUAACAACCUCAUUUCUGUCUGUCCCUACCUCUCUCUUUACCUAGUUUUCGGGUUUGUGCUUGUUGAUGUUUAGGCGUUGUUUAUUCUUUGCUUCCCCUUUAAAUGUGCUCUACGUGUACCUUGCUUUUAGCAAUAGUGCCGGGAAACAAUUAAUUGCGUCUAAAAUAACAGUUUUCGUUUAUGUGUGACCCACAAAACCACUCAUAAGUGGCACGAGGAUAUUUGUG